UCCUAAUUUAGAACUCCUAUUAAAAUGCUCUUAGCUGCUCCAUCGUCCCAUGCAGCAUCGCUAGCAAGCAAGCAAGCAGCGCCACGCCAUGGCAGGGCCGAUCACCCACUUCUCCCAUCCCGACCACGAGCUCAAGCUCAGGGACCACUACCACUCGACACACAGCUGCGACCUGUGCGGGGAGACGAUCGCCGGCAGCGGCUACAGCUGCCACCGGCUUCGCUGCGGCUUCAACCUGCACCAGAAGUGCGCUACGUACCCCGAGGUCCUGACCUCCUUCUUCGUGCACCCGUGGCACGACCUCACCCUCUCCCGCGCCGCCGACGGCAGCGACGGCGAUUCGCCGCAGAUGUGCCACGUCUGCCGCGAGGACGUCCCCGACGGCGCCUUCCUCUACCGGUGCGCGCCGUGCGGGUUCGCCAUGCACCCGCGGUGCUCGCGGCUGCCGCGGACUGUGCGCAGCGAGCUGCACCCGGAGCACGGCCUCGCCGCCGUGUCCGGGAUGGGGACGUGCGCGGCGUGCGGCAAGCCCUGCUACGUCUGGGUCUACCGCUGCGGGCUGUGCAACGUGGACCUCCACAUCGGCUGCCUCCACGGCCCCAGACCGUCCAGCCGCGGGAUGGGCGACGCUGGUGGUGGCACGGGAGGACAGGCCACCGGGGCGUCGCAGGGUGGGGCGCUCGUGGGAUCUAUCGUGGAAGCUGGAGCAUCUACUCUCAUCAACAUGCUCGAGUCAAACGAUUGACUCGAUCGGUGGAGCUGAAGCGUAUACGGUAAGAACAAAAAGUAAUACUGUAUUGUAAUCUAAACAUACUCAACAAAUAUACUGAGAACGUGAAAACACAAUAAAAUCUAUGUUGAAAAAAUUCUAUGGCAGAAAAAAAUCAGCCACAACCUAUAUGCCUACCCUACGGUAACGUUGUUGUGCCCAUAUCCUUUACGAUCCGUUUCCGAUCACACCACGCGCAUAGCGCGGCUAUGAUGCUACAUGGCGCCGCUGGAUUUUCAGUCAGGACGUGAGCUCGAUCACACUUUGGCGACAUAAUAGCAUCAAGGCUGGCUAGAGGUACGACCAUAUAAUAAUAAUAAUAAUAUACGGGUAUAUAUUCGUCUGUGGCAACCUACGAGCAUAUUUGCUAGUAUACUCUAGAACUCGAUAAUUGGAUGUACGGAGUACUGAUAUCUCAUUGGGAUUAUUACAGAAUGUAAAGUGCUGCACUACGCUUUGAACAAUAUUCAAAUACCAAAAGAAGCACCUGAUAAGAGACUGAUUUAAUUACGUAUUCAUUAUUGACAUGUACAACUUGGGAGCAGGGGCGAGAUGAUUCCAGCGGCUUCAGCAAACUCUAGUCGAAUUCCUCUUUAUGAAUGGCAAUUGUUUUCUCUAAAUAGUACGAUAGCAUUAUGUACAGAGGACCGAUGAACUACUAUUCUGGCUUCGCUUCUGCUUGCGAGCCAAUUAACCCUGGCCACUUUUACUUUAUGAGCAAUAUAUAUGAGGCUAAUUCUUGUAGUACUAACAAUAAUGUACCUUUGUGCCUA